AUGCCUUCAACCACCUUAUCUGGCCCACCCUCAGUUGUCUCUGUUGAUGAUCUGUCAGAGUCAGAUGCUAUAUCGUCCUCGAGUGUGGCGUCGGACGCAGAGCAACCUUCGCGCGUGUCCACCUCAGGCGCCAGCGAUGAAGUCAAACACUCACGAUUCUACUAUGAAGAUGGCUCGCUUUCCGUCAUGGUUAAGGGGACGCUGUUCCGCGUCCACGGCUCCGUUUUCGCUUCUCUCUCUCCGUUCUGGGCGCAGAAGCUCCAGUCGCGGUCCGACUCGUCUGAUGCUAUACACGAGAUCAACGACAAGACAGCCAAUGAUCUUGCGAGCUUUUUGUCUGUUGUAUACCCCAGAAACUUCACGCGCCACGAAGUCGAGACUGCAGCAGAGUGGAGCGCAGUUCUGCGCUUUGCAACCAUGUGGCAGUUUGAUGCUGUACAGCAGCUGUCGAUCCAGCAGCUCGACCGCUGCGUUCAGCCCGUGGACCGUCUCGUACUCGCUCGCGAGUUUUAUAUCACGGAUUGGCUUCCCCGAGCCUUCGCCAGCCUUAUCAUGCGCGAACAGCCGUUGACUUGGGACGAGAUGCGCGUUCUCGAUCUCAAAGAUGUGGCACAGAUCACAACUGCCCGCGAAAGCGUUGCUAGACAGAGCUUGCCUGUCGAUGAGCAAAUAGUGCUCCGCUACGUCCACGAACACAUACUGAAAGGCGCUGACGCAACACCUGCUUCGCUCUCCUCACCGCAUACGGAUACUUCGUCCAUCACUACCUCGGAACAUCAUUCUCUCGUGGAAGGAGCCGCCAGCCCGCCAGAGAUGACUGCCUCACAUCCCAUCAAUACCACGAGGAGCGCAAGCUCUCCCAGAGCAUCGGGCACGCUGGUGUCUACAGAAUUCCCCAACCUUGUGUCCUCACUCAUUCCACACGGCUACGUACCAUAUACCGCGGACGAUAGGCUGACUCUGAUAACGAAUUUAAAGAACGCACGCUUCGACAAAGCCUUCGAAUCUAUCGAGCUGGCUAGCGUAGCCGCGUUCUGUGAAGCUCUACGCUCCGAGAACUUUACUGAGCACCGUUACGGACAGCUUGUCCAUAGGCUCAUCGCACGCGCAGCUCGGAAACCUGAUUUCCAGCCCGUCGGCGUAGAGAUUGCAACCUUCGUCACGAAAGUGUGCGGUCACGGCAGCUUCUUGACGGAAUACGUCCAGAAGAGCAAGGAUGCUUGGGGUAGUGUGGACUCUGAACAGCUCAGCGACGACAAUAUCGAGGCAACAUUGAAUCGGUUCGCAGGCCCGACGCCAUCUACUCCCUUGUAUCACUUUGUAGUGGGAGAGAAAGGGUUCCUGGCGUUUUAUCCGGAGAUUUGCAGGGAGAGAGUGAAGCACUUGAAGGCAUUCUUGGAGGCGCUUUCCGCGGCCGGUUUAGUAUAA